AUGUCAGACCAGAACAAAGGUCGCAUCGCCAUCAAAUUUGGCUCGGCCAACACCUCAUCGUCAUCAGCAGCAGCAGCAGCAGGAAACAAGUCACGUACAGCAAAGCCCUCCUCAAGCCUAGGCAAGCGGCCGCGCCCACACGCCCUGGGGGGAGGAGGCGACUCCGAUGCCUCAGACUCGGAAGACGACGGCCACCACCAUCGCGGACGGCACGAGGCCAUCACGGGCUUUGGAGAAGAUGGCGCCGAGACGAAGCGGAAGCGGCCGAGGGAGGAGAAGAAGGAGUAUGUCAUUGCGCGGCAGCCGAACAGGAACUGGAAGGACGAAGUGAAGAGCCAGCGGGCGUCCAAGAACCUUCUUCCGGCCGAGGCUCGAGCGCAGCAGCAGGACGCCGUGACGACAGAAACGGAGCCCGCGAGUUUGGAUACGCCGCUGAAAUGGGGCUUGACGGUGAAGGAGAAGCCGAGCGCGGUGCCAGAGGACAAGAUGGAUGUAGAGCCAGGCGACGACGACCAAACGCAACCAUCAAAUCAAUCAGAUGGCAAUGACGCACCACCGCCCCCAGCAGCGCGAACCGCCGACGAAGAAGCCAUGGACGCGCUCCUCGGCAAGACGCCCAAGGAACAGAAAAAAGUAAUCUCCGCACCCGUAUCAGAAGACGACGCCUACCGCCGCGACGUCGAAGCCUCCGGCGCGGUGUCCACGCUCCAGGAUUACGAAGACAUGCCCGUCGAGGAGUUUGGCGCCGCCCUCCUCCGCGGCAUGGGCUGGAACGGGGAAGCCCGCGGCCCGCCGGUCAAGCAGGUCAAGAGGCGGCAGAACAGGCUCGGCCUCGGCGCCAAGGAGCUCAAGGAGGAAGAGGACCUCGGCGGGUGGAACCAGAACGGCAAGAAAAAGUCGAGGCCGCGGCUGAGCGAGUAUCGGAGGGAGGAGAGCAAGCGCAAGGAAGGCCGGGGGCAUGAGGACAGCUAUAAACGAGAGAGGGAGCGCGAGCGAGAUCGCGAGAGGGAUCACUACAGGGAGCGAGACCGGGACAGGGAUCGCGAUUAUAGGGAUCGGGAUAGGGAUAGACAUCGGGACCACGAUAGGCACAGGGACCGACAUCGCGACUCUGACCGGCACCAUCGACGAUGA